GAGAUGUUUGUCCAAGGCAGAAAGUUAUUAUUUUUCAGUAGUAAUGAUAGCUAACAUUUACAUGGCACCAAUCUCCACUGAAAGUGCUUAAAUGGUAUUAACUCAUUUAACCUCCCAACAAACCUAUGAGAGACACGUUGUCGACCCUGAUCUACAACGCCAGACCCAGAGAUUUCGAUUCACUGAAUGCUGAAUUACUAUUGAAUAUUCAAAACACCUGAAGGCCAGACUUCUAUCAUUCCAUUCAGGAGCUCCUACUGGGGCAGUUAGAGGCUGAAGGAUAAAACGUGAACUCACCCUGUGUCUGAAGCUGGGGAAAGCCCAUAGUGACUCAUCGCCACAAUCUGGAUCUGUCUGAUGCUACCACCAAGCAUAAACAGGGCUGCUGAGCACGCAGGGUGAAGUCAUCUCACCGCAUAUAUAGCCAAGACAUUCAGGCCCUAAUCCCUGUGGUCCAGUAUGCAAAUGAAAACUCCCUGAAUCAGGCUGCGGGUGACUCACCAACCCCUUUUAAGCCACGUUGGGUUCAAGGCAGUGACUGCUUGGGGUAGAAGGCAUGGCUCACAGACUCUGCUUCUCCUACUGGCUACUGGUCUGCUGGUUGGUGGUAACUGUGGCAGAAGGACAGGAAGAGGUAUUCACCCCUCCUGGAGACUCACAAAAUAAUGCAGAGCCUACAGACUGCCAGAUCUUUACACUUACCCCUCCUCCCACCACAAGGAACCCAGUGACGAGGAUCCAGCCCAUCACCAGGACACCCAGGUGUCCCUUCCAUUUUUUCCCGCCACAGAGGCCCAGAGUCCACAUUAGGUUCCCAUACAGACCUUUCCUCCCUCCGAUGUGCUACCACCAUUUUCAGUUCCAUCCAUUUCUUUGGCCGCACAGUCGCCUUCCUCCUUAUUAUUAUUUCCCCAGAAGAAGACUCUGGAGAGGAAGCUCCUCUGAGGAAAGCAGAGAAAAGAGAGAAGCCCCAAACGUGCUGAAGUAAAAGAAGCCAAGGCCUCAGGAAAGACUAGAAAAAGAUUUCUAUUUUCAGUUACUAAACUAAAACUAUUGGACUGGAAAAUUAAGCAUCUUAAACUCCACCGACUAGAAAUUGUUCUCCUUGUCAACAGUGAACAUAUUGGUUUAUAGGUUAUUCAUGUUUGCAAAAUAGAAGCGAUAACUACAUUAUUCUUACUGCCUUAGUUUUUAUGAUCACAGGAUAUUUAUGCAAGAAAAGUUCUAAAAUAGGUGGUUCCAAUAAUUCCUAUCAUCCUGCAGUACCAGAAGAACCAGCUCCAUCGUCUAAAUUACAGUGAAGAGCAUUUAAAUAAAUUGAGAUUGUUAUAAACCAAAUGGAGACAUUAAUGACACCCUUUUAUACUCACUGGAAAACUUACAAAGCAAGGAGCAUUUACAAAGUGAACUUUAAAAGAAAUUAUAAAAAACUGAAAGCUUUAUUUUAUUCUCUGUUUGGCAGUGGUUAUUUAUUCAUUUUUAAUGGAGAUAUAAUUGACAUACUAUAUUAGUUUCAGGUUAUAUAACAUAAUGACUCGAUAUUUGUGUAUAUUGCAAAAUGAUCACCACAGUAAGUUCAGUUAACAUCCAUCACCCCACAUAGUUAACAAAACUUUUUUCUUUUGAUGAGAACUUUCAAGAUCCACUCAGCUUUCUAACAACAACAACAAAAGAAAUUAUAAAGAUUAAAACAAAACAAAGUUAUGGGGAGUCUGACUGUAGGUAAGCUAAAUUACCUAACCAAAAAACUCUUUUUUAACUGUAAUAUGUACUUCAAUGUUAACUGUUUCAGCAAUCGAUGAAAAUUAGUUUGAUAAGUAUCUCACUGUUUCUCCCGUUAUCAUCAUAUAGAUACUAGUUUAAAUAAUGUGCUUCCCCUAAAACUUUCAACAUGAUUCCAGGCUCAAAAUUCCAAUUACAAGUUUACAGGGAUGUUCCUAUAACUCUAGAACUCCACAGACACAAGUUCACUCAGCUAUAGGAACCUUGUAUUCUGAGGAUGCAAUAUAAGUAACAAAUCCCACAGGUUGCAUUCAUUGGUUCUUUCUUUCUUUUUUUUUUUUUUCAGUACGCGGGCCUCUCACUGCUGUGGCCUCUUCCGUUGCGGAGCACAGGCUCCGGACGCGCAGGCUCAGCGGCCAUGGCUCACGGGCCCAGCCGCUCCGCGGCAUGUGGGAUCUUCCCAGACCGGGGCACGAACCCGUGUCCCCUGCAUCGGCAGGCAGACUCUGAACCACUGCGCCACCAGGGAAUCCCAAUAUUCCAUUUCUUAAUCUGGGUGAUGUUUACACAAGGUGUACACAUUUCUAAAAAUUCAUCAAGCUGUAUGUUUAAGAUUUAUGUAUUUUACAAUAUGCAAGUUAUAUAUCAAUUGAAAAUGUUUUAAAUGCUGCAGUGCAGAGGAAAUCAGUAAAGGUAUGCUAAUUAUAACUGUAGAUUUAAUUUGUUAAACAAGCUUUCAAAUAUUUCAUUGACUGGUAGUUAGCAAGGUUAUAUUAAGUAAUAUUUCACUGAUAAGUCAGACAUAGAAAGACAAAUACUGUAUAAUAUCACUUACAUGUGAAAUCUAAAAAAGCCAAAUCCACAGAGAGUGACUGGGAGAGGUGGGAGAAAUGGGGACAUAUUGGUCAAAAGGCACAAACUUCCACUUCUAAGAUUAACAAGUCCUGGGGAUCUAAUGUACAGUGUGGUGAUUAUAGCUAAUAAUACUGUAUUAUAUAUUUGAAAGUUGCUAAGAGUAGAUCCUAAAUGUUCUCAUCACAAAAAAGAAAUGGUAAUUGUGUGACAGGACAGAGAUGGUAGCUAAUGCUUUGGUGGUGACCGUUUUGCAACAGGUAAGCGUUGCAAAAUCAACAUGUUGUACACCUUAAACUUAUACAAUGUAAUAUGUCAAUUACAUCUCAAUAAAGCGUGGGGGGGGGGAGGCACUAUUUCACUGAAAUAUCACCUCAUAACAGUAAGCAGAAGGGACUUCCCUGGUGGCACAGUGGAUAAGACUCCAUGCUUCCAAUGCAGGGGGCCUAGGUUCUGAUACCUGGUCAGGGAAUUAGAUCCCACAUGCUGCAACUAAGAGUUCACAUGCCACAACUAAGGAACCUGCGUGCCACAACUAAGACCCAGCGCAACCAAAUAAAUAAAUACUAAAAAAAAACAACAAAAAAAACAGUAAGCAGAAGACUUUGCAUAUUUUUUAGCACGAAGCAAUAUGUAUUUGUCUUUCCCAACUAAGGCAAAUUUAAACCAGAAAUUUUUUAACAGCCUCAAAUAUAACCCUAUAGUUGCCUAUCAAAAGAACCAUAAAAAGUGAGAAACACACAUUCCGAACAGAAGAUAUCUCCCACAAUGUCGACAUUGGAAAUUUACGAUAAGCAUGAAUUGGACAGUAGCAGUUCAAUGAUUUGUGUAGAAGGGGCCAUCUAUACUAAUACAUCUGAAACCUCUUGACACAGAUGUCCAGGUCCUUAACAGUGGCCUGCAUGACUCGGCCUCCCCACGCCCCAUCCCCAGCCUCUUCCUCUCUGACCUCAUCUCACACUACUCUUUUCCCUUCUCACUCCACUCCAGACACACUGCCCUCCUUGCUGGUCCUCACACCAAACGCACUCCCUCCUGAGGACCUGUGCCCUGGUGGUCCCUCUGGCUACGGGGCCUUUGACCCAGAUAAUCCAGGUUAUCCAUACGGGUCCUCCCCUCACUUCUUUCAGGACCUUCAUAAAAUGUCACCUCUCAGUUCCUGGCCACCCUAAUUAAAUGUGCAUGCACAGACCUACUUCCUCUUCUCAUUCCUGGCUUUAUUUUUAUCCCUAGCAUGAAUCACAUUCAAUCAUUCUAUAUGUA